AUGCCUCUUCUACCCACUCGCCAAAUUCACCCAUUCCUCGAUUCAUUUCACACUUGUCAUAACUUCAAUUCUCUCCGUUUCUUCACUCACACUUCAUCUUCAAUCCACAAAAACUUCACUUUCAAAAUACCCAUCAUCAAUUUCACUUAUCUUCGUUUCAAAAAACCCAUUUUUCCUUGCAGCAGUUUCUGCACUGAUACCUGGUUGAAACGUUGGAAUGAACCCUCUUCCAAACACACCCGUCCAAAACCGCCACGCGCUAUUCUAGAUAUUUCAAGCUCUGAUGAUGAGGACGUUGGUGGUAGUAGAAUGAAUAGGAUUGUUGAGAAAUUGAAGAAAUUCGGGUAUGAAAGUGAUGGGAUUGAAAAAGGGUCAGUGGAGGAUAUAUUUUAUGUCGAAGAAGGAAUGUUGCCUAAUACAAGAGGUGGGUUUUCGCCGGAAUCUCCAUUUGGGGUUGGAAGUUUUGGAAGUGGUGGUGGAGAAGUGAGGUUUCCUUGGGAGAAACCAGUGGUGGAUGAAGAGGUUGAAGAGAGGAAGGGUUUGAGGAAAAAAAGUAAGACUUCUAUGGCGGAAUUGACUCUUCCUGAGUCUGAAUUGAGGAGGUUGCUUAAGUUGAGUUUUAUGAAGAAGCAUAAGACAAGAAUUGGGGGUGGUGGGGUUACUCAAGCGGUUGUUGAUAAGAUUCAUGAGAGGUGGAAAACUUCUGAGAUUGUCAGACUCAAGUUUGAAGGUGAUGCUGCUCUUAACAUGAAGAGGAUGCAUCAGAUGUUGGAGAGAAAAACUGGUGGUUUGGUGAUUUGGAGGUCUGGCAAUUCUGUUUCUUUAUACCGGGGUGUGAGCUACAAGGACCCUUCAAUACAACAUAAUAAACAAUUAUAUCGUAAAAGUGAAAACUCAUCGAAGUUUUUACCAACACCUUCUAAUAAAUUUGCGGUGAAACCUUCCGAAUUUACUUCUAAUUCUGAGACAAAUAAUUCAUUGGAAAAAUUGGAAUCUACAAAUGAUCAUGAAGAAAAAGUCAAUCUUCCAAAAGUCAGUUAUGAAGAUGAAGUUGACAAGUUACUGGAUGAUCUAGGUCCUAGAUAUACAGAUUGGGCUGGAUGUGAGCCAUUGCCUGUCGACGCAGAUAUGCUUCCUCCAACCGUUCCUGGUUACCAACCUCCUUUUAGAGUUCUUCCUUUUGGAGUGAGACCAACACUUGGUUUAAAGGAGGCAACUUCUCUACGAAGAAUUGCUCGGGGACUCCCUCCACAUUUUGCAUUAGGUAGAAACAGGCAGCUUCAAGGUUUAGCUGCAGCCAUGAUCAAAUUGUGGGAAAAAAGUUCUAUUGCAAAAGUUGCACUCAAACGUGGUGUUCAGCUAACUACCAGUGAGAGAAUGGCAGAAGAGAUCAAGAAAUUGACAGGUGGCAUAAUACUCUCUAGAAAUAAAGACUUCUUGGUCUUUUAUCGUGGGAAGAAUUUCUUAUCACCAGAUGUCACUCAAGCUUUGCUAGAGAGAGAAAGAAUGGCAAAAACAAUGCAGGAUGAGGAGGAGCAUGCAAGAUUGAGAGCGUCAUCAUUGAUCUUACCGGCUAUUAAUACAUCAGAGUUGUCAGCAGAGGCCGGGACUCUUGGUGAAACUUUGGAUGCAGAUGCAAAAUGGGGAAAGACGUUGGAUGAGCGUCAUGAGCAAAAAGUUAUGAGAGAAGUAGAACAAUUACGGCACGCCAACCUGGUUAGAAAGUUAGAAGAGAAGCUUUCACUUGCGGAAAGAAAGAUGUUGAGAGCUGAAAAAGCCCUAAUGAAGGUGGAGGUGUCUUUAAAGCCAUCAGAAAAUAGAGCUGACCCAGAAAGUAUAACCGAUGAAGAGAGAUUUAUGUUUCGCAAAUUAGGAUUGCGGAUGAAAGCUUUCUUACUUAUGGGUAGGCGUGGAGUAUUUGAUGGUACUAUCGAGAACAUGCACUUGCAUUGGAAGUAUCGGGAACUGGUCAAGAUAAUUGCGAAGGCUAGCAACUUUGAACAGGUUAAAAAAAUUGCACUAGCUCUUGAAGCGGAGAGUGGUGGUGUUCUGGUUUCAGUUGACAAAGUUUCAAAAGGAUAUUCUAUACUUGUUUACCGAGGAAAGGGUUACAAGCGUCCUUCAAUGUUGAGACCGAAGAAUCUCUUGACAAAGAGAAAGGCUCUGGCACGUUCAAUUGAGCUUCAACGACAUGAGGCACUUUCGAGUCAUAUUUCAACGUUGCAAAGUAAAGUGGAGAAGUUAAGAUCCGAAAUAGAACAAAUAGAAAAAGUAAAGGAUGAAGGAGAUGAAGCACUGUAUAAUAAAUUAGAUUUGGCUUAUUCUACAGACGAUGAUAGCUCAGAGGCGGAGGAUGACGAGGAAGGAGAUGAGACAUAUCUUGAGAGCUACAAUAAUGAAAAUGACAGUGAAGUUGAAAAUGAUGCUAUCAAUUUCCAACCUGAGGAGUUUGCCUCACGUAGUUGA